CUUCGGUGGUAGGCGGGACUUCCUGGUCAGCCGGUUUUCCGGUUGUAGCGGCUGCUUUGCAAGCGGGCUGAACGACAUGAAACGGGGCUCGGAAGGCUUCUGGGACUGGGAUGCUGCGCUGAGGGCGAGGCAUGAGGAAAAGAACAGAGCUUGCGUUUAACAGCCUUGUGAAGUAGGCUGUUCUCAGUCCCCACAGAGCCUAGAACGGGUGACGUGAUCUCUGUCCAGCUGCGCGCGUGCCUGCUCCCGGCGCCGCUUUAGUGCGCAAGCGCCGCGGGCGGCCUAUGUCAUGUAGCUCCGGCGGAGCAUCUUUGUCGCCAUGGCAACGGCAGCACAACAGGCUCCGCGCCGAAGGCCGGGCCUAGCAGAGACCACACCAGAGCCGUCAUGAUCCCGCCCGCGGACUCGCUGCUCCGUUAUGAGACGCCGGUGCUGGUGAGCCGCAACACCGAGAAGCGGUCGCCCAAGGCCCGGCCGCUGAAAGCCAGCCCGCAGCUGCUGCCGCCCCCCGGGCCAGUCCCUCCUACCAAGGGCAAGGUGCCGUCGCCCACCGUAGAUCCUAGCAAGCAAGCGGAAGAAAUCCUCAAUGCCAUCCUGCCGCCCAGAGAAUGGGUGGAGGAGAACCAGCUAUGGAUCCAACAGGUGUCGAGCACCCCCAGCACACGCAUGGAUGUGGUGCAUCUGCAAGAGCAACUGGACCUCAAGCUCCAGCAGCGCCAAGCCCGGGAGACGGGCAUUUGCCCUGUGCGGCGGGAGCUCUACUCUCAGUGCUUCGAUGAGCUGAUACGGCAGGUGACCAUCAACUGUGCCGAGCGGGGACUUCUGCUGCUGCGUGUGCGGGAUGAGAUCCGGAUGACAAUAGCAGCCUAUCAGACUCUGUAUGAGAGCAGCGUUGCAUUCGGCAUGCGGAAGGCGCUACAAGCUGAGCAGGGCAAAUCAGAUAUGGAAAGAAAAAUUGCAGAGUUAGAAGAUGAGAAGAAAGAAUUGGAGCGGCAAGUAAAUGAACAGAAGGCCAAAUGUGAAGCCAUUGAAAAACGAGAGCUUGAACGGCGGCAGGUGGAGGAGAAGAAGCACACUGAGGAAGUCCAAUUCCUUAAGCGGACCAAUCAACAACUUAAGGCACAGCUCGAAGGCAUCAUUGCUCCGAAGAAGUAAAAUUUCCAGUCAUCUCUCAAGCAAGAACUCAUAUGCUUUGGGCCUUUUCUCUCAGAUCACAAUGAUUGGAAAUGUUUCGUACAAAUAUAUAUAUAUUUUUGUGGGGGCAGAAUGCUGGGCAGGUCUCAGCCUUGACACUUAGGCAAAGGCCUGUUUGGAUUUGUAAGAGAAUAAAUUGGAAUUCUGAAA